AUGGAAAUAACAAGCAGUAGUUUAUUUGUAGUUGGCAGGCUUUAUUCUGUCCAUUAUCAAAUUAGCUUGUCCUUACAGACUCCUCUGGCUCCCUAGACAAAUCGUCUAGGUACUUGGCGACAAUAUCCCAACGUGUUGCGCUAUAGUCAAUGCAGCAAGGCGUAGCCGCUCUUUGGAAGAUUUCAUUCCAAGCCGUUUGAGAAGUGGGAGGGACGCAGUGAAUGAUUUAGUCAGCAAAGGAGUAGGAGAAGCGGCGUGUUAAAGUUUCACUCGGCGGCUGAGGAAUAGAAAAGGGGAAAAUGACUGAAGCUAAUAAAUGCAUCAAGUAUUCCAUGUUCAUCUUCAACGUUUUAUUUUGGAUGUGUGGUUCAAUCAUACUUGGAGUGGCAAUAUGGCUUCGUAUGAGCAAAGAGGUGGAGAAGAUGGAAGAAUUUUACCCUGCUGUAAAUCUUCUGAUUACUGUUGGGUCUGUCAUUAUGGUGCUUGGAUUUCUUGGUUGCUGUGGAGCUAUUAAAGAGAGCAAAUGCAUGUUAAUUUUGUUCUUCAUUGGACUGCUCCUUAUUCUGGCUUUUCAAAUAACUGCAGGCAUUCUAGGUGUAGUGUAUAAAUCUAAGAUUGCGUCAGUAUUAAAUGAAACAUAUUAUGAACUUAUCCCAUUAAAUAAGCAAGAAGAAGAAUUUAAGAAAGAGAUAGAAGAUUUCCAGGAGGAGCUAAUGGACAGAGGAGACUUUCACCACCUCGGAGGGGAAACAAAGCAUUUCAUUGAAACAGUAGCUCUUGGAAAUGAGCACAUUGCCGAUACGCAUUGUUUACCAUAUUUGUUGUUCUUUCUGAGCCAGCAAAUUGGAUUUGAAACAAGAGCAUCAUGACUGAAUGUUGUGGUCUAAGCCAGUUUCAGGUGUCUCCAGGAGGGAGGAAAAGAGCCAAACCACAUCAAGUUUGUAACUUAGAAAAGCUUUUGACCUUGACUUUUAAGCUUUACCAUUUGGAAAUUUAAAAAAAAAGUCACAAAGGGCCAAUUUGAGAGGUAAUGGUCUCCUAGUAUUAUCGCUAGACUAUUAGUACAGUGACACAGGUAAUAUUCUGGGAACUGGGGUUCAAUUCCUGCCUUGGCAAAUGGAUUCAAUAAAUAUCCGGAAUUAAGAGCCUAAUAAUGGCCAGAAGACUGUUGUCAAUCAUUAGAAAAAAACAACUGCUGCACUAAUAUCCUUUAGAGAAGUAAACUAUUGUCCUUACUUGGUCUGAUUUACAUGUGACUUCAGAGCCACAACAAUGUAGUUGACUCUUAACUGCUCUCUGGGCAAUAAAUGCUGGCCUAGCAGUGAGGUCCACGUCUGUUAUACAAUUAUAUACAAUAGUUGGUGUCAAGGCUGUAACAGUAACUUGCUAUAUAAAUAUGCUUUAAUAUUGUAAAACAUUCCAAACGUCUUCAGAUCACCAGCACAAAUUCCAGCUCUUCAGUCAGUGGACUACAAUCUAAAGUUAUUACUAUUUUUGCAUUGAUGUAAAGUAUAACUGCCUUACUAAGUAUGAGUUUAUUAAUAACUGAAGUACCUGUCUAUGAUUAAAAAUUGGCAAAAUUCCACAUUGCAUUGGAAAUAAAUAAUGAUUUUGCAUGCACAAGAAGAACUUUAUAGCUAAAUGAUAUUAAUCUAGGCUAGAGCCCCCUAAAAUGGAAACGAGUGUAUUAAAGUUUUUUGCCAUUCAGUUAUUUUAUAUAAAUCAUUUGUCUUUGUAUUUCCCACCUGUGGGUUGCCAAAUCUAAACCAAAUUACGUGGUAGUGGACAGCAGUGGAUGUAUUUGCAGGGUCAGCAUAGUCGUACCACUCUUUUCCAGGGAAGAUUUCCUAUCUUUGAGAUGCAUCACAAAUAGUUAUCAGGUUUCGACUGACACUUUUUUUUACUUCUAUAUAUUGAUUUAAAAAUAAAUGCCAGAAGAACCAACCUUGUGAAAAUAGGCUUGUCUGUAGAAUGACCAGUAGUUAAGUCUCACAGUAGGAGUGAAUUAUGCUUUUCCUUGUCUUCCAAAAAGACCCAUGUAGCACAAUUGUACUGGACUCUCUAAUCCAUAACAUCUCAUCAGUAUGUAAUAACCAUCUGCAUUAACUCUUGAUGGCCAUACUUAUUCAGGCAAAUUUUUAAAAGUGAUUUUAUGAGGAAGGCCUGAUUGGACUUGAGGUAUGUGGCCUGCUAGACUAUUUCAGUGGGCAAUUAAGGGGAAUCACAUGACUUUGGGUCUAGAGUCACAUAUAAGCCAGACCAGGUAAGAACAGUCGACUUCCUUCCAGAUACGUGUGACUGCAGACACACAGCAAUGUGGUUGGCUCUUAACUGCCCUCUGGGACGCUGUCAUCCUGUGAAUAAUUUAAGAAAAGGGCUUCUACGUCUAUCAGUGAUAGUUCCACGGUCUUCAUGACUGAGACUAGUUUUCAAUUGCAGAUUUUGUUUUAUUCCAACAGCUAGUAGGAUUUAACCUAUGCACCUUGAACUUUAGCCUGAGCCUCAGGAUACUAGUCCAACAACAUCAUAACUACAUCACUGUGUCCCAUGAGGCCAAAUCAGUUUUUGGAAUGAGGAAAUCCUAGUUGAGCAAAUUUUGAGGGCAACCCAUGGAUCAUUGACAGUACCUGAGUGAGUAAACUUGUCAGUGAUAAUUUGUUUUCUUAGUUCUGCAUUUUUUUAAAGUUAGAUUUUGCUUUCU